UUAAGGUGGAGAAGAUUGUUUGUACAUUGUCAUGCAGAAUUUAAGUUGUUUACAUUGACAGUGUGUGUUUGCUUUUUGACUUUUUCACCAGUUCUGUCUGUGGAGCCCAAUUCACCUCAAAUAUUCAGAGGAGAGACGGUUACACUCACAUGUAGGUUUUCAGGAGGAAAUGGACCGUACCACUGGUACAAAGAUGGUGUUUAUAGUCACGGUUCUGCUGAAAAUUACUACACUAUAAAAGUAGAUCAGAGUCACAAAUACAGCUGUUACGGGUCUAUUGAUGGAUGGUUCACGACAGGGAGUAAUGAAGUGACUCUCUCAGUGAUCGAGAGACCAAAAGCCGUUCUGACUCUGCAGCCUGAUGGACAGAUAUUCAGUGGACAGGAAGUCACUUUCACAUGUGAAAUACGAGGACAUGCAGACACUGAGUGGAUGUACAACUGGAAUAAAGAUGGUGUCCAAAUAUCCUCCUACACUGAGAGCAGGAAAUAUUCAUUCACUCCUGUAGAGUCUCUCAGCGCUAAAUACACCUGCAGCGGACGGAGAAGAAGCGACUCUCAGACCUCAGAGACCAGCAACACUGUUACACUCACUGUGUCAGAAAAACCUAAACCUGAACUCACACCAAGUCGUGAAGGAGCUGUACUGAAAGGAAACGCCGUGACUCUGUCCUGUACACUGAAGCUGCAGUCUGCUGGAUGGAAGUUUUACUGGAUCAAACCCACACAGAGCACUGAGACUGAGACUGAAACAGACUACUACAACAUCAGCUCCGUUAGAGUCUCUGAUGGAGGUCAGUACAGGUGCAGAGCUGGAAGAGGAAACCCAGUCUACUACACACACUACAGUGAUGCAUUCUGGGUAAAUGUUACUGAGAUUCCUAUAUCUGUGGUGACCAUAAAGCCUGAUAAACAUGUGUUCAAAGGAGAGACUGUGACUACUACUGCUACUACUACUACUACUAAUAAUAAUAAUAAUAAGAGGAGGAAGGAGAACACAAAUACAUUCAAUUUCUGUAGCACGUAGCA